AUGAACCCCAGUGUCACCUACGCCAGCCGCAAGCGGCGGAAACCCGUGCAGAAAAUAGUGAAACCUUCCCCUCCUGAAGGAGCCAAGUCUAACCCAUCAAAAAGGCACAGAGACCGACUGAAUGCAGAGUUAGAUCGCCUGGCUGGUCUUCUGCCAUUCCCUCAGGAUGUUAUUGCCAAGCUGGAUAAAUUGUCUGUGCUUAGGCUCAGUGUUAGUUACCUGAGAGCCAAAAGUUUCUUUGAUGUUACAUUAAAGUCAUCAGGUUCUUCAAAACUUGAUAGAAAUGGCAUCCUGGACAAAUGCCGACCUACUAAACCUGGAGAAAAUAUACAUCUACUAGAAGGAGAACUUUUACUACAGGCAUUAAAUGGCUUCGUUUUGGUGGUCACAUCCGACGCACUCAUAUUUUAUGUCUCUUCUACAAUCCAGGAUUACUUGGGUUUCCAGCAGUCUGACAUUAUACACCAGAGUGUAUUUGAAUUAAUUCACACAGAAGACAGACCAGAAUUCCAGCGCCAGCUUCACUGGGCUCUUAAUCCAACUCAGUCUACAGAUUCUGGACAAAUGAUAGAAGGAGAUAAUGGCUUUUCACAGUCAGCAACCUAUUAUAACCCAGAACAGCUACCUCCAGAGAAUUCUUCGUUUAUGGAACGAAACUUCAUCUGCAGAUUACGUUGCCUCCUGGAUAAUUCUUCUGGCUUCUUGGCCAUGAAUUUUCAAGGGAGAUUAAAGUUUCUUCAUGGUCAGAACAAGAAGGGUAAAGAUGGAGCUUCUAUAUCUCCUCAGUUGGCUUUAUUUGCUGUAGCCAGUCCUCUUCAGCCUCCUUCCAUCCUUGAAAUACGUACCAAAAACUUCAUCUUCCGAACAAAGCACAAACUGGACUUCACACCUAUAGGAUGUGAUGCAAAAGGACGAAUUGUGCUGGGUUACACCGAAGCAGAACUGUGCAUGAGAGGAACAGGAUAUCAGUUUAUCCAUGCAGCUGAUAUGCUUUAUUGUGCUGAGAAUCACGUCCGAAUGAUAAAGACAGGAGAAAGUGGCAUGACUGUAUUUAGACUUCUUACCAAAGAAAAUCGAUGGGCCUGGGUUCAAGCAAAUGCACGCCUGGUUUACAAAAAUGGAAGACCAGAUUAUAUUAUUGCCACUCAGAGACCUAUUACAGAUGAAGAAGGGUCAGAGCACUUACGGAAGCGAAACAUGAAGCUGCCCUUCAUGUUCGCUACAGGUGAGGCCGUCUUAUAUGAAAUGACAUUUCCUCAGCUUGGAUUAAUGGAUUCUUCUCAAGCAAAGGCUAAAAGCGGCUUUGGAAAAGGAGCAGCCUCCAAGGCUGCGCAACCCAAAGACUCUGUUGAUCCCAGCUCGCUUUUGGGAGCAAUGAUGCAGCAGGAUGAAUCUGUGUACCGCUGCCCACCUGCUUCCAACAAAAUUUCUUUUGAGAAGAACAUUUUUACAGAUGCCAGGGAUGAACUGGGUAAUGCCAUUGCCAGUGAUUGGCAGGAUAAUAUUGUGCCAGUGGGAAAUAGCAGCAUUCCCAAACAAGAGCAGAUUUCGUGUCCACAGAACAAUAACUUGAUGCUUUCUGAAGACAGUGCGGGGCUCUUUCAGGAUAACAAGAACAGUGAAUUGUAUCACAUCAUGAAAACACUGGGCAUUGACUUCGAAGAUCUAAAAUAUUUUCAGCAGGAUGAAGAAUUUUUUAAAAAUGAACUUUCUGGUGUGGAUGAUAUUAGAGACAUAGACAUUACUGAUGAAAUCUUGACCUACGUUCAGGAUUCCUUAAAUAAGACUGACCUUUUGUAUUCAGGGUGCCAGCAGCAACAGCCCAUGGUUCAGAACUCUAGCUGCUUAAUGCAGCAGCAAUUGGAGCAACACCCACCAGUGGCAGAACAAAGGCAGCUGUGUCAGAAGAUGAAGCACAUGCAGGUCAAUGGGAUGUUCACAAACUGGAACUCAGUCAGCAGCAUGCCUCUUAAUGCUUCACAGCAACAGUCUCUCCCGUGUGUCUUUUCUGGCAUGCAAGAAUUAACUCAGGAGUUCCCUUGCAAGUCUGAAGUCAACACUGCAACGUAUGCAUGUCGGCAAGAGUUUAUUCCUUACAAGCACCCCACGAACGUGUCCCAAGUUUCAGAUUUCGCACAGAUAGAUUUUCCAGUAGGAAGUUUUGACAGAGCAACGUAUUCAGGUUCUUCUGGCUUGGAGGAUUUUCUCGGUUGUUUGCAGCAAGUCCCUGAAAGUCAAGAUUGUGGAAUAAAUUCUCAGCCGGUUAUAGUAACUCCUCAGACAUGCUAUGCUGGUGCUGUAUCAAUGUACCAGUGUGUUUCUGAAAUGCAGACUGACUGCACAGAACAAAUGCAGUAUAAUCCCGUGGUGGCUGGACAGCAAACAUUGCUAAGCAAGUUCCAGAACAAUUUUAAUGGAGGAAGCCUGAAUGAUGCAUAUCCACCACAAUUAGAUGUCGUCAGCACCCAGCCUAGCACACACCUCCAGCCUAUUCAUCACCCAGCAGAAUCCAGAUCUUUCUCAGAUUUGGCAUCCAGUGGUUUUAUGUAAUUCAAGAGCAAAGUACUGCAUUUAUGUAAUUCAAGAGCAAAAUCAUGACUGGAUUAUUAAAAACCCAGAAUGGAGUUUGAAGUGGUU